AUGCAAGCUGGAGGGUUUUUUGCAAAAUGUCAACAGCUUCUCGAUCCUUCCGUAAACCAAACCACUGGACUGACUGGAGUUUCCAUCACUAUAAAUAAUCUAAUUCCCUCCCAUUUCCUCUCCCUAAAUCUUCAAUCGUCGUCGACAACAAUCUCUCUAUCUCUAUUUGGUCUCUCAAUCCCCUUUUUGUUUGCUAAGAGAGACCGUGAUCGAGAGAGAGCUCAAGCCAGGGCUAAAGAGAAGCAGAAGCAGGCCAAAGAUGAUGGAUUGACCCCGGAGCAAAGACGAGAGAGGGAUGCGAAAGCCCUCCAAGAAAAGGCAGCAAGGAAAGCAGCACAGGCAGCUGCUGGAGGAAAUGAUAACGCGGGAGGUAUCAAGAAUAACAAGAAGAAAUAA